AUGCCUGAGUCUCCCAUCGAGGAGAAGAAAUUUGCAGAACUUGCGUCGCCGCAGCUCUCGUACGCUUCAUCGGUAGUGGACCGACGGCGCGUGCUUCGCAAGUUGGACCGACAUCUUCUCCCAUUCGUGUCGGUACUCUAUCUCCUAUCCUUCCUCGAUCGGACCAACAUCGGCAAUGCUAAGGUCGCAGGGCUUACGACAGAUCUGCACCUCACGGGCUUGCAAUAUAAUCUAUGCUCGGCGAUCUUCUUCUUGCCAUACACAUUCUUCGAGGUGCCGUCGAACAUGGCAAUGAAACUACUCAGGCCUUCGCGCUGGAUACCUUGUAUCAUGGUCUGCUGGGGUAUCGUCAUGUUGUCUAUGGCCUUCGUGAAGAGCUUCUCCGGACUCAUCGCGGCGCGCAUCUUCUUAGGGUUCACAGAGUCCGGCCUGUUCCCAGGUGUAACCUUCUACCUAUGCAUGUGGUAUCCUCGAGCGGCACAAGCACAACGGGUGUCUAUCUUCCUGUCUGCGGCAACUGUAGCUGGCGCGUUCGGUGGUAUUCUCGCUUUCGGUAUAGAGAGGAUGAAAGGGAUCGGUGGACUGGCGGGCUGGUCAUGGAUUUUCUUGCUGGAAGGACUGCUCACUGUUGUCGUUUCGGGUCUCUCAUUCUUCUUCAUGCAUGACGAUCCAGAGACAGCCACAUUCUUGACUCCGGAAGAGCGUGAAUGGCUCAUCAACACCAUCAAAGAGGAUACAGCUGGCCUUGCCAAAACGUUCCAAUGGAAGUUCAUCGCUCAGGCCCUCAGAGACCGCCACACGUACCUCUACAUGCUUCUAUAUCUCUUUACCGCGAUGCCGGCAUACAGUUUUGCACUGUUCCUGCCGACGAUCAUCACCGGCCUCGGGUACUCUGCCGCUCACGCUCAGUUACUUACGAUCCCUCCCUACGUUGCCGGUUGUAUACUGACGGUCGCGUACGGCGUGUUGUCCGAUCGAUGGGGGAUGCGUGGCCCUUUCGUGCUGGUCAGCGCCGUGACCGGUCUUGUUGGCUACGUGAUCCUCUUCGCGACAAGCAAAGCUGUGGUGGGUUACAUUGGCACCAUCAUUGCAUCCUGCGGGCUUUUCCCCGCAGCGGCAUGCGUGCUGGCGUGGACCGGCGGUAAUGUUGGUGGCGAUAUCAAGCGGGGAGUGGUCAUCGCCAUGACUAUUGGUCUCGGCAACCUCGGAGGAUUUGCGUCCUCGUUCAUCUACCGCGCGCAGGACAGUCCGCGCUAUCACCCUGGGCAUGCUACCAACAUCAGUUGUCUCGCAGUCGCAGCUGUACUCAGUGCUAUCGGCAUGCUCGAACUUCAUCGUUUGAACAGACAGAAGCAACUCCUACGGGACAAAGAGGGCAUCACGAGCGAACGCAUGGCGGAGUUCCGCGAAAUGGGUGACAGUUCACCUCUUUACAAGUAA